GCCUUGCGCAAGCUCACAUCGGAGUAGAAUGCGGAUUUCGAAGCUAACACGAAUAGCUAGCCACGAAGCUAAAAACAAGCUUUUUGUUGUCGGGCGUUAAACUGGGGGGAAAUGUCCAAAACACAAUCGCAGCCCCCGUCGGCUUCGGCGGUGACGACCAGCGGGGGUCCCUCUUCUUCCUCCUCGUCCUCGUCCGCGGGGGGCUCGACAUCUCCCGCAACCGUGUUGAACGUACAGCCCGAGAAACCUCAACAUUACACAUAUCUGAAGGAGUUCAGGACGGAGCAGUGCCCCCUGUUCGUGCAGCAUAAAUGUACACAACACCGGCCUUUCUCCUGCUUCCACUGGCACUUCCUGAACCAGAGGCGCCGCAGGCCCAUCCGCAGACGGGACGGGACGUUCAACUACAGCCCAGAUGUUUACUGCACCAAAUACGAUGAGGGAACCGGCACCUGUCCUGAUGGAGACGAAUGCCCGUUUCUACAUAGGACAGCAGGGGACACCGAGCGCAGAUACCACCUCCGCUACUAUAAAACAGGAUCAUGUAUCCACGAAACCGAUGCAAAAGGCCACUGCAGCAAAAAUGGCUACCACUGUGCCUUUGCACAUGGAUCACAUGACCUACGCAGCCCUGUCUAUGAUAUCAGUCAUUCCGAGUCUCUUGCACACUAUGGGUUUUACAGAGAAGUGCAGGUGAUGGAGUCUCAGGGAGGCUCGGGGUCCUCGGAGGGAGGUGGAGGAGAUGGGCAGUCGGGACAGGCAGCAAGUACUGCCCUCAUAGAAAAGAUCCUGAGUGAAGAACCACGCUGGCAUGAUAAUAACUACGUGCUGUCCCACUAUAAGACCGAACUGUGCAAGAAACCACCCCGUCUGUGCCGUCAAGGUUAUGCCUGUCCAUAUUACCAUAAUAGCAAAGACCGGAGGCGAAGCCCGCAUAAGCACAAAUACAGAGCACUGCCAUGUCCAGCGGUUAAGCAGAGUGAGGAAUGGGGAGAUCCCAGUAAAUGUGAGGGAGCAGAGGGAUGUCAGUAUUGUCACACGAGAACAGAGCAACAGUUCCACCCAGAGAUCUAUAAAUCCACAAAGUGCAAUGACAUGCAGCAGUGCGGCAGCUGUCCCAGAGGGCCAUUCUGUGCCUUUGCUCAUGUUGAAAAGCCCUUUGUUCCAGAGGAACCGUCUUUCCCCGCUCCCAGCUCUCCGCCACCCCCUAGACCUCCAGACCCUCUUCCUGCCCAAGAUGCCUCUUCAAGCCCCAGCAGAACCAUCAUGGGAUGUGGUUCUGUUCUGGACCUCUUUUCCCCAUCUGCAGGGUCAUGUAUAGCAGAGCAGGGGCUACUGGGUAGCGUUCUGUCCCUGUGUGAAGACGCGAUUGGAGGAGCUGAGCCCCUGUCGCCCUGGGCCAAAGAAGGAGGGUACGGCAGAGCUCCUGGAUUUGAGAGGGAGGAUCAGGUGAGAAGGACGGAUACUGACACAGGGGAACACAGGCAUUACAGGAAACUAAUAAAUGCCAAGCAAAGGAGUUUUGCCCUCGAGCAGCGUAACAGAGAAUUGGCGUCAGUACAAAGCAAACAGGACUUGUUGGUGUUUUUACCAGUGGGCAGCCCUUUGAGUCUGUCCUCCAGCAUCCCCUCCAGUCUGGCUGCCACCCCACCCAGCCCCGCCACUCUCGGACCUCAUGGGUCCAGCAUCUCCUCAGGCAUGAAUGCUAAUGCUCUGCCCUUCUACCCCACCAGUGAGACUGUGGAGUCAGUCGUUGAGUCCGCCCUUGAUGAUCUUGACUUGAAUGAUUUUGGCGUGUCCGCAUUGGAGAGGAGGUUGGAAAGCAGCUCUUCUCUGCCCAGUGUGGGGGUGAUGCUGGGAGGCAGCCAGCUCCAGAGUUCCGCCCCAGUCAACAUCCCAGGAUCCUUCAGCAGCUCUGCUCCUUUCAGCUCCCCCUCACCGUCCCCUCCAAUCAGGCCACACACGUCACCCUUCUUUUCUUCUCAGCUAUCACAACCUGGCCAAUCAGAGAGCUCCUUCCUUGGGCCUUCUCAUAGCUCCUUAGGUUUGAACGGUAUGAGCACUAACAUCUGGGAGCACUUUCCAUCGGGCCAGGGCUCCCCCGGUACACCCCCCACCCUGCUGCCCUCUGGCCCCUGUGCAGAGACCGCCCGGCUCAAACAGGAGCUGGAGGAGGCUCACAGGGCACUGAAGCAGUGGGGUCACAGUUGGAGACACACAGCUCAGUCAUGGGCUGCUCUGAAGGCAGAUGCAGAGGAGUCUCGUGCCCAUGCAUCACGAUUAGCCAUGGAGGCGGAGAGAGCCAGGCAGGCUGAGGAGGAGGCACAGAGACAGGCUACUCUCCUGCAGGAGGCGCUGGAGAGCUUAAGGAGCGGCGACAACCCCCAUCUAGCACUUCACCAGCUCCAGCUAUUACACAGACUGCCCUUGGAGUCAGUCCUAAGUUUGCAGGCCCAACUGUGUAGUUGCUUACACGCUGUAGAACAGGUGGUGUACAGGAAGCAAAGGCAGUGCUGUGUGACGUGUGGAGAGGCGGGCUCGCUGUCCCUGCCCUGCGGCCAUGGUCUACAGUGCGAGAGCUGCUCCGCCUCGACAGAGUGCCCGCUCUGCCCCGAACAGACCCUGGAGCCGCAGCUCUCUUGACCUCACAACCCAGUCGGACCAACGCCGAUUAACAGAACAGUCAGUCCUGAUUCCACAGAUACCAGCCUUGGCUCUCAGCCGCCUUUCAGAAUUACGUCAAGGUCGUUUCUAUAACAUGGUGACCACUCCCAAACACUGAUCUGGUUUUGUAUUUUUAAGACACUUUUAAUGAUGAAUGACCAGCUUAGUGAGCGCUGGUAUCAAAGCGAAAGCUCUUAAAGUGGAAUUUAGAAUUAAUAAUUACUCCAGUGUUACCCAUGAAACACCAGUACAAUUUACUAGUUAAUGCUCUUAACCAGCAACACUGUUCUUAACCCUUGUUCUUGAUUUGCCCGCCUGUUAUUUCUUCACUAACCCUAACUAUGAAACAUAUACGCACAUAGUUCUUAAUCAUAUUCUGAUGUUAUAAAGCACGGGCUAGCCCUAAACAUACAGAGAAUUGUCUUCUCUCUAAAUCUGGAUUGUUCCAGUGUGAUCUGCUGAGGAUUAAACCCGGACACCUUACUUCAACAAAGGUCUAUGGCAUUUGUUUGUAUGUUGGCACUUGAAAAGCGCCGAAACAUUUCAUAUGAAAACUGAACAGUUUGGUCUCUUACUCGUAAUAGUCCAAAGUUUUCAUUAUCCUUAAAUCCACAGUCCUCCUCAGCAAUGAGUAGAUUGUACCAGAGUACACCCACUAAACCAUAUGCUGUCUAUGAACGAGAUAUAUGAGUAGUUAUUAAUGGGUGAGGUGGGACUAUAACUGUCUCCAGACGAUGUCCGAAAUUCUCCAGAGCUGGUGUCUUAAAGCAUCUUAAGUUGGACUUGGUGGUCUGGUGGUGUCAGGCUGGUUCACUGUGCUGUGUUUUGAAAUCCUGAACCAAAGAACUCCCAGAUUUGUAUUCGGAUAUUCGAGGGUGAUGAGCUGUCUUAACAAAAUCAUCAGGUCUGACUGAAAACAGUUAAAGGGCAUAUUUAGUUUCAUCCCAACUGUAAUCCCAUUAUGCUACAGCGAAAACGGGGCCAUACCAGACUGCUAGUAGCACUUGUCUAGAAUAAGUUGAAUUUGUUUUCUCAAUAGUUAUUUUUAGCAAAAAUAAUUAUUUAAAAUUACUGUUAAAUAAUAAGAAAAUAUUUAAAGAAUUUGUAUUAUUUGUUGAAGUUUCCAGCAGAUGGCCCCUUUAAAGCACUCAGGUUUUCUCCAGUUUCCAAUUGAACUGGAAGAGGAAAGUAUGUUAACACAUCCAAGGCAAAUGUACUCAGUCAACUUGUGUAGUUUUUGAAAUUACAUCAUUUUAAUUUUUACUUAAAAUAUUUUUCAUGUUAACUCAAACAUAAACGUUCUGUCUUUUUUUACCAGCCUCUUUGCUAUGUUUUGAACAUGUGACCGAUUUUCUCUGCCAAUUUUUACAUGUGCAGUAAUCUCUAACAUUUCACAGUUUGUCAAAUGUUGUCAUAUACAGUUAAAUUAUGUCAUACUUAUCUUUUGCACUGAUAAGACAAAGCAUUGGGAGCAAACAGAUGUAUGAAGGCUUGUAAGGUUUAAAUGCAGGUGUGAAAAUGUUCAUGAUCACUGUGAUGGUCUCUGGUAUUAACCAACACACAACUCAUCCAAUACCAGUGUUUCCAUCUGAGUGGAUCUUUUUUGUUUUUGGUACAGAUCAUUAAAAACAAAUUGUAUAUUUUUGGAGGAA